UUCAGAAAGGAGGCGCGGCGCUGUGAUUGGGGGAAGGGGCGGGGUUGACUGCGGCGGGCGCGUGCGGGCAGGCGGGGCUGGGAAGAGGGGGGUGAGCGGAGCGGAGCCGAGCCGGUGACUACGACGGCAGAGACAGAACGUGGUCCAUCAGUCUGGGAAAGAUGUCAACAGACCAGGGUUACUGGACCAACCUGACAACCCUACAGAAAAUUGCUCUGGCCCUUGGGAUCCCUGCCAGCGCAACUGUCCUGUACAUCUUGUACCGCAGGUACAGAGAAAGCCGAGAGGAGCGGCUGACAUUCGUAGGAGAGGAUGACAUUGAAAUUGAGAUGAAGAUCCCCCAGGAGGCUGUGAAAUUGAUCAUCGGACGGCAGGGCGCCAGUAUCAAACAGCUGAGGAAGGAGACGGGCGCUCACAUUGAUGUGGACGUGGAGGACUCCGGUGAGGAGCGGGUGCUGCUGAUCAGUGGCUUCCCCGUCCAGGUGUGCAGAGCGAAAGCUGCUAUCCACCAGAUCCUGGUGGACAACGCCCCUGUGUCAGAGCAGUUCUUUGUGCCGCAGAGAGCCGUCGGCAGGAUUAUCGGCAGGGGCGGCGAGACGGUGCGAGCCAUCUGUCGCAGCUCAGGGGCCAGAGUGGUCUGUGAGAAGGAGACAGACAACACCCUGUGUCUGACCCGGCUCAUCAGCCUCUCGGGGACUCGCAAGGAGGUGAAUGCUGCCAAGCAACUGAUCCUGGAAAAGCUUUCGGAGGACGAUGUGUUUCGAAAGAAACUGGCCCUGUCGGCGGCAGCCCGGUGCUUGCGCAAGCAGCCUUUGGGCGUGAGGAGAGAGGAUCCUGGGCAGCAGGGGGAGCUGCCGUGCCCCAACGGCGAGGCCCUCUGCCAGCUGGCGAGCCCUCCGCAAGGGGUAGGGGAUGGAGGCCGGCUGCUGGCUGCAGAAGCCUUGGACCAACCACAGGAGCUCAGAGCUGAGAGCGAGUCCCCAGAGGAGCCAGUAAUGGAGCCCAGCCAGGCAGUGCCCAUGUUCGAGGUCCCCAGCCCCGACUUCAGCUUCCAUGCAGACGAACACCUGGAGGUUUACGUCUCGGCCUCGGAGAACCCCAGCCACUUCUGGAUCCAGAUUGUCGGCUCCCGCAGCCUGCAGCUCGACAAGCUGACCUGCGAGAUGUCCCAGUACUAUGGGAGUAGCAGCCAGUCGCCCGAAUUUCCGACCGUCCGAGUAGGCGACAUCGUGGCUGCCCCAUACGCCGAUCACGGCGCCUGGUACCGGGCCCGAGUCCUGGGCACCCUGGAGAACAGCAACUUGGAUCUGUAUUACGUUGACUUUGGGGAUAACGGGGAAGCCCCACUGGAGGCGCUGCGAGCCUUGCGGAGUGACUUCCUGAGUCUGCCCUUCCAGGCCAUCGAGUGCAGCCUUGCUGGGAUCGCCCCUGCAGGGGAGCAGUGGGAAGAGGACGCCCUGGACGAAUUCGAUCGCCUCACUUGUUGUGCCGAGUGGAAGCCCCUGCUGGCAAAGAUUUCCAGUUACGUCCAGUCUGGGGUCUGUACCUGGCCACGCAUCCAGCUGUAUGACACCAGCUACGGACAGAGCCUUGAUAUAGGGGGGGAGCUGGUCCGGCUGGGUUACGCUGUACAGUGUCUGCAAGAGGAGGAUGGCACUGCGUGGGACAGCGCCCCCCAGAUGGGGAGGAAGGCCACGGCCGAGGCGUUCCAGAAGAUGCUGGGGAAUGCUGCAGGGACCUCCCUUGAGAGCCUUCUGUCGGAGACCUGCGUCAGCCUUUCAGAUAACACCAUUGAGCAGCUCCGAAGCGACACCGAACCCACAGAACCACCCUCCCAGAAGAAAGUCAUGCCCUCACUCUGGUCCCUACGGAUCUCGGCUCCCUCCUGCCCUCUGGGGGACUCAGAGGCUCUUGCCUUGCCAGCUGGUGGUGAGAAGCGGAAUGGCUCAGGGGGCUGCAGCAGCGAGGGGGUGUUGGAGGGCAGGGGGUCUCUGCCAGCUGCCAGGAGCCAAGCAGCAGAUGACAAGUGGACAUCUAGUCCUGCUGAUACCACGCAUCCCACCGCCUUCUCGGGAGAGGCCUCUCCCAUCUCUCUCUCAAGCAAAGACUCCAGCACCUCAAACGCCAGCUUCCCUACUGCCUUGGCAUCUGGGGACAGCAGCUGCUACUCCCCCCGGGGCUACUUCUAUUACCUCUCCACUUCAGAAGAGUGGUCCAGUUCCUCGGUCUUCUGCAGUGGCUCAGGCUCUGCUGGUGAUUCCCUCCAAAGCCCUGUCCUCAUCAGCUCCUCUGACAGCGAGGAGGAGGAAGGGGGGCUGAGGGCCCGGAGGAGAGAAGCUGCGUCUGUGUCUGGAAGCGGCGAAGAUGUUAUUCUGGUCGAAGAUGAUUCGCUGUGAUCCCCUUCCCCGAGCAGCAGCGAGCCGGAGGCAUCGCGGAGGGUGGAGGUUGGUGCCUGGAUUGAGACGACCAUGAGGACUCCCCAACGGGGGCAGGGGAAUAAAAUACUGCGGAAAAGUGGAAGGAGAGACCACAGCCAUUGGGGACUUGUGGGACCCACCCCUUCUCUGGGUCUGGAAACAACGGGUUUGCAUCGUAACAGUGUCCUCAUCUGUGGGCAUGUGUGUUUGGAGCGGGGGCUGCACCACAUUGAGUGCGUGUUUCUGCUCCCUGCAGUAGGUUGUUGUGUGACUGCCCUUCUUGGGGGCUCUUUGGGAUGUGGGGGGCUGGGAUGGGGAGUGGGUGUUUUCAUUGCAUUUGGAGGGUGCUGGUCCUCGAGAUCCUGGGGCUAACUGCCAGCAUCUGUUGAGUUGGACGACAGGGUUCCGGCUGUGCAGUUCUGUGGCGCUCCCAAGGGAUCACGGUCUGUGGAAUACAUGUAUUCCAGGGGUUGCUGUGUUGCAGUCCCCUUCUAUCCCCAGUUGACAGCUGCUGGGCUGUCCUGGUGUAAAUCCAGAGUAGCUGCUGGUGUAACUGAGAGCAGGAUCAGGCCUGCUGGGCCUCUCCUUCCCCUGACUGGUGGGAGGCCCCCACUCGCUCUCCUGUGGGCCAUUUGGCUGGGUUGCGCUCACUGACUUCUGUUUUGGUUUAAAUCUCGGAGCAAGGCGCCUGCACCAAAGGCUCUGCUCUGCCGUCCUUCCCGCUGCAGGAGGGAGACACCGGCGCUCUGGUGACGUGACUGGCUGAGCUUUCUCUGCUGCAGAAACGGGGCUGGAGGACGAUUGUGACGCCCCGAGCUUUGACAGCACUUGCUUUACUAAAAUAUAAAGUUACGUUCAAAAAGAAGAGAGAAUCCUCUUAAGCUGCUAACGUUGGAGCUGCAUUUUCGUUUCAGUAAAUGCAGACCGAGCUGGUCCUUUUUUUUUUUUUUUUUUUUUUUUUUUUGUGGCUGAAUCUGCUUCAGUGCAGAACCGCCCCAGCAUGUAGCAUUUGUAGAGCGUUUGGAGGGGGUGGUUUCUGGAGCCUCUGCAUGGACUUAUUACUCUUCCCCUUGGAGAUGACAGGAGCUGAGUUAGGCCAGAAGUGGGGGCUUUGAAGAUCUCUGCCUCUUAUUGUCUCCUGUGCUUCAUAAAGGAGAAGUCUGGGCAAAGCGUGUUUAGCCUGCUGACCGCUGGAGAGUACCUAGCUGGCUCCGUCAAAGCUCCUGUCUGGGAAUUGGCCAAAGCUUUAUGCCUCUAUCCAAAGUGGCUUUGAAAGUCUCUCACUGCGGAGGCUGCCCUGUUGCGAAGAUGGGCAUUUCCUGCCAGCUGGGUGCAUUGUUUUCACCCCAGCCCCAUUUUUGGGGGUGAGCACAGGGAGAUCAAACAAGGUUUGGGAGAGCUGUGCAUCUCAGCCAUUGGUUCUUUAUUAAAUAAAAGUUCCAUUGAGAGUUUU